GGCGGGUCGAAGGGAUUUGUAGAUUGGCCUCACCGGAUAUCACAGGAAGGUUGCCUUGGGCUUUUGUCUGUUAAAUUGGGCGAAGAAGACCUCGGAUCACCGUCCUACGACCCCGAUGAGUCGGUGCUGAGCCUUCGUCCGCUCUGCGGCGGACAUUAUCAGAUUGUUAUAAGCCAUGGUGCCAACGUUAAGUUAAAGAACGCUCUUGGUUUGAAACCUUUUGAUCUUGUGCUGCGUGGCAACAACGACUCUCUGGUGGAUGAGUUCGCUACUCAUCAAGGUCAGACUGAGCUUAUUCGUCUUCUUGAUCAGCAAGCGAGUCGAUCACAGCGCCUCAGCUCACAUUCCCACAACUUGUCUGCGACGGAGCUUGGCCCGGCCUUAGAAGUUGGGGAGCUUGGAACUAGUGAAAAUGGAGAAGUGGGCAGUUCCAGUUUAGCUGGGCUGGAAAACUUUUAG